UCUAAUCAUUUAGCGGCAUGGAAACCACGACCGAUCGACGGCACGCUGUCAGUGGUGAACGGGGAUAAAUAGAUUAUAUUCCGAUUUCGACGGUUCCACUCGCGCAAGUGUGUGUAAACCAAUGCAGUCUGGGCACAGACGAUCGACGAAGUUGAACCCGUUAGCUUUCCGCCUUAUAAACAGUAUACGCAAUAUUGACGACACGAUGGGUCUGACGAGGUGCAGUGUUAAUUGUAAUUUGAGAAAUUUGUGAAACAGCAAGUGUCGAGUGUACGAGACAGUAGAGAGUAGAACAUGAUCAAGCUGUGGAGAACGAGUGCAGCAUAGCCGUGCGUAACAUCAAACUUUGAGGAGUUUAUGAGCAGACCAGAAGUUUGGGCUGUUUCUCGUACCGAGUAACAUUCAAUAACGAUUUCAGACUAUUCCUCCGUUUGUAUUGUCAAACCGAGCUCCUUUUCUUUCUCAAUUGCGCUGGUUUUACGCCUGUAAUUAUACCGUUGCUCGUUAAUACUGCAAGACCCCUUUUUUUCUCUAACGUAUAUACAACAACACGACCGUCGAAAGCUGUCGUAAAAACAUGCGAGAAACAUAUGCAUUCGUAUCCGCCUCGGUUUUCGAACAUUACGUAGCUUUAAAACGUAUACGUCUCGCAUCCGUAUAACUACCCUACACACUCCUCUACAUUUCGCUUCAAUGAAUACACGCAUUUGAAUGAAUGGACCGAAGAUUUGCCAAGACGUUAUUUGAUACUGCUGCAAAACCCCUAAAAAUGGAUUGGACACAAGUUAUAAUGGAGGGACCUGAGGUGACGUUUUUAUUCCAGUUCGGGCUGACUCGCAAUACCGUAACUGUUGAGGCUAGCGCUCUCACAUUAAAAGCUCUGAAAGACUUUGCCUGUGAUUUUAUCAACGAUAAGUGUCCCGAUCAUGGCUUGAGCCGUCUAAAUGAAAGGCUGCUCUUGUUUAAACACGAUUAUAAUUCAACAAAUAUUCUUCAACUUAUUACAAAUGCUACCGAAGUUGUGGACGAAACAUUGGUUGAAAUAGUAUUGACUGCACAAGUACCGAGUGAGGAUGUACUUAUACGACCACAUACCCUGGCGGUUCAUUCGUAUAAGGUUCCAACUUUUUGUGAUUUUUGUGGUGAAAUGUUGUUUGGUCUAGUUCGUCAAGGACUUAAAUGCGAAGGAUGUGGAAUGAAUUAUCAUAAACGAUGCGUCGUUGUAAUUCCUAACAAUUGUUCCAACGAUGGUAAUCAAAGGAGACGCAGCUCUACGUUCUUGAAUGUUCCCAGGUCCCCGAGCCAAGGUUCGACUAGCAGUUUGGCUAGUGGUAGCGAUGACACUGCUAAUCUUAGCACAAGUACCGCAUCCCACUCAAGCCAAAAUAACAGCACGCUUACUAUCCCCAACAUAUUAGUUCCCAAACCAUCACGUUCACCAUUGUUGGGGGGGCGUCCACCUUGGAUAGAUCGUGAAAUUGGAAAUCGUAUUAAAAUUCCGCAUACUUUUGUAGUGCAUACUUAUACUCGGCCCACAGUUUGCGGAUUAUGCAAAAAACUAUUGGGAGGAUUAUUUAAACAAGGUUUACAGUGCAAAGAUUGUCAGUACAAUACUCAUAAAAAAUGCAUCGACAAAAUUCCUAAAGAUUGUACUGGCGAGAUUCCUAGAGAUAGUACAGGUGGGGAAUAUCGAGACGGUGGCGAAACCGAAGGGCGAUACGGUGGUCGUAAUGAAGAAGGAGACGCUGACAGUGCCACCGAAUCUCCAUUGCCCCCAUUGCAUACUUUGUGUGUGACUGAUGACGGUAACCACAAUGGGGGAUUAAAUUCUGAUCUCAUUCCAAGUCAUGACGAAGUCUCGUCUGACGAAUUUCCAAAGACCAGACCCUCGAGUUCAUCGCCAAGUAACAACAUUCCGCUGAUGCGAAUAGUUCAAAGUGUUAAACAUACAAAACGACGCGGUUCUAAAGUUCUGAAAGAAGGUUGGAUGGUGCAUUUUACUAGUCGUGAUUCGACGAGGAAAAGACAUUAUUGGAGACUAGAUACGAAAGCUAUUACACUGUUUCAAAGUGACAGCGGACACAAAUAUUACAAGGAGAUACCAUUGGCGGAAAUUUUGUUUAUUGAUAUUGCCAGAACGACACAUUCCACAGAUUCUAUGCAUUGUUUUGAAUUGAGAACUGCAAACGUGGAUUAUUAUGUCGGUGAAGAUCCAUUCUACGGCGGAGCCACUGGACAGAUGCCUCCACAAGAAAGCGGCGUCGGAGCGCACUUAGCUAAAUCAUGGGAGACGAGUAUUCGGCAAGCUUUAAUGCCUGUUACUUCUGCAUCGUCACCGCAAGAGCAACAGUCUAUGGAACCUGAUGAGCGUGUAGUCGAUAUGUCACAACUGUAUCAAAUUUGUCCAGACGAAGUAUUGGGGUCUGGUCAAUUUGGGAUAGUGUACGGUGGUACAUACCGCAAAACGGGUCGCGCCGUGGCGAUCAAAGUAAUUGACAAACUUCGUUUUCCCACAAAGCAGGAGGCACAGCUCAAGAACGAAGUUGCAAUUUUACAAAAUCUUUCGCACAGCGGUGUCGUUAAUUUGGAGCGAAUGUUUGAAACGCCAGAACGAAUAUUCGUUGUGAUGGAGAAGUUGAAAGGAGACAUGCUCGAAAUGAUUUUGAAUUCGGAAAGGGGACGCCUCAGUGAAAGGAUUACAAAGUUUCUUAUAACACAAAUAUUAGUCGCGCUGAAACAUUUACACAGUAAAAAUAUUGUCCAUUGUGAUCUGAAACCAGAAAACGUAUUGCUCAGUAGCAACAGCGAUUUUACUCAAGUAAAGCUUUGCGAUUUUGGAUUUGCAAGGAUCAUUGGAGAGAAGAGUUUCAGAAGAAGCGUUGUUGGUACUCCUGCUUAUUUGGCUCCUGAAGUAUUGAGAAAUAAGGGAUACAACAGAUCACUGGAUAUGUGGAGUGUUGGCGUUAUUAUCUAUGUCUCACUUAGCGGCACGUUCCCAUUCAAUGAGGAGGAAGAUAUCAACGAACAAAUUAAAAACGCAGCUUUCAUGUAUCCGCCAAAACCAUGGAAAGAAAUAUCUUCUGAUGCUAUAGAUCUAAUUAAUAAUCUGCUGCAAGUUAAACAUCAAAAGCGAUAUACCGUUGACAAGAGUUUACAGCACGUAUGGUUACAGGAUUACCAAACAUGGUGCGAUCUUAGAGAACUCGAGCAACAAGUUGGGUGUCGUUACUUAACUCACGAAAGUGACGACGCCCGUUGGAUGUCCUAUGCUAAUCAACAGGCAUGACAAAACUUCUCUCCGACUAUAACCAUUGAACCACCAACAUCUAUGCUACACAAGGGAUGGGCGCGAAGUGCUCGUGCUACCCUCAGACGGUUCAUUCGCACCUGACAAAGCAGAAACGUUUGAAACGCAUUUCAUUUUACAUAUUUCCGUCAAGUGAUAUUGAAAGCAAUUUAUUCCUGAAAUAGUAUUCAAUGUUUUUCGAAACAUUUUUGGCAAAUCUCCCAUAUAAUGAAACUGCGAGCCCUUGAUUAGUAUUACAUACGUUACAAUAAUGCAAAAUAACCGCGAAUCUUGGUGUAUUUUAGAAUAAUGUCACAGUGAGCAGAGCAAUCGCAUUUUAGGUGACAUUUUUUUUAAUCACUGCCUUGUGUGACCCUGGGCUUUUAGGUAUAUUCAAUUUUUUUAUUUGUUGAAAUUGCUCUAUCGAAUGAAAAAUGAAACCAUUUUUAAAAAUACCCGAGAUAUGCGUCCGUGAAAAGCUUGCAGCUUAAUUUACAUAAUAAAAUUGACCAAACUCCUGAUAAUUACCGAAUGAUUAACUUUGAUACCAUUGCAUUUAGCAUUGUCAGAUGCCAACUUCCCGAAUUUAGAUGAGAUUUUUACCAUAGUUAGUUUUAAAAAUAAAUGGACGGAUUAACGGAAAUAUAACGAUAGUUCGAUAGUUGAAUCAUGUUUAAGACGAAUUACUGAAAUUUAUAAUAUAGAGAAAAGAUUCGAGCAUUUCUUGAGAAUUGUUAAUUGAAGAAUUUUCCUUCGAAUUUCAAGUUAUUGUUACAUUAAAUUUUUUACUUGUCUUCAUUUUUUUCUUAUACGAUAAGAUUUGCGGUUGUUGAUUCAUCCAUUUUUCUCAAUAAUUUUUGCACACAAUGAGCCUUACACAUAAUGAGUUUCCAUUUUUAGGAAUGGAAUCUUUAUAAACAUCGGCUCUAUUAUUCCAUUUGAGCUGAGAUGAAAAAAAUGUCUUAAAAAAAAAAAA